GUGGGUCAAAUAAUCGCUUCCAGCCCCUCCCAGUUGAAAUGAAUUGGACGUCUAUUGCCGAUUUGCCGUCAAUAGGUGUUUUCAGUAUCAAUUUCCCUCUUUUACUCACUACCACAACACAUACUCUAUGACCUGGGAUGGCUGUGAUUGCGUCAAGGGAAAGGUUGUUUUUGUGGACGUGGCGGUUUUCGGCCAAUCCAAUCACGAUGCUCACAGAUGUGGACCAAUGAGCGAACGCCGUGCAAUGAGCGUCUUCGCAACGUCAUUGGCCAGUUAGUGAUCGACCUCCGGAAGUGAAUAUCUCAGGGUGUGUUUCCGUGGGUACAGUUGACGGCCACAUCAACAAACUUCAUCGGAAAAAAGGUUGAAUCUACUAGACAAAAAUCAUGAGACCCGGACUAGGUGGAAGACAGCAGGAGAAGAUGGCGCUCAGGCCAUUUUUAAUGUGCUUUGCCCUCUGCGUGGUGUACGCCACCAGCAAGCCCACGGACAAGAAGGAACGCGUCCUCCACGAUGACCCACUUAGUAAUUUGGAACACAACGACGGUGACAACUUUGACUAUGACCAUGAGGCCUUUCUGGGGCAGGAGGAGGCCAAGACCUUCGACCAGCUUUCACCUGAGGAAAGCAAAGAGCGUCUUGGCAUGCUUGUGGAACGUAUCGACAAAGACAAAGACGGCUUUGUGACGACAGAGGAGAUGAAAGAUUGGAUCAGAUACACCCAGAAGAAGUGGAUGUUCGAGGAUGCAGAUCGCCAGUGGAAGACCUAUGACCUCAACAAUGAUGGCAAGCUGGAAUGGGAAGAGUACAAGAACUCCACGUACGGAUACAUGCUUGAUGAACCAGACGCUGAAGAUAACUACAGCUACAGUACGAUGAUGGCGCGUGAUGAGAGGAGGUUCAAGAUGGCCGACAUGGAUGGAGACAAUCUUGCUAAUAGAGAAGAGUUCACUGCUUUCCUUCACCCUGAGGAGUUUGAGCACUUGAGAGAGAUCGUGGUGCUUGAAACGAUGGAAGAUAUUGACAAGAAUAAAGAUGGUGUAAUUGACAUAGAUGAGUACAUUGGUGAUAUGUACAACGCGGAGGGUUUGGAGGAGCCUGAGUGGGUGAAGACGGAGAGAGAGCAGUUCACCCAGUUCCGGGACAAGAACAAGGAUGGCAAAAUGGACAAGGACGAGACCAGAGACUGGAUUAUGCCAAAAGACUAUGACCAUGUUGAGGCAGAAGCUAAGCACCUUGUUUAUGAGUCUGACAUGGACAAGGAUGGCCGCCUGACCAAGGCUGAGAUUGUGGACAAGUACGACUUAUUUGUGGGCAGUCAGGCCACCAACUUUGGAGAAGCCCUCACUCGCCACGACGAGUUCUAAAUUUGUAGCCGUCCACAAAGACUGUGUGUCCAUGACGUCUUCUAAGUCUUAAGAGGACAAUGUAUUAUUAUUUUUUUUGAUAUAUAUGCACCACGACUUCAUCUAAUUUAUUUAAGUUUUUGUUGAAUGUUGCCACACGCACGCAUGCACACACUACAUUUUCAAAGCUUGAUUUGGUCGUCUUGGGAUCAAACGAUUAGAUCAGUUCAGAAGAAAGUUAAGCCUUAGCAUGCACAAUAGGUUUGGUCUUUAUUUUUCCCCAUUGCACUGGAAGAACAACCCAGCCCGAUCUAAUAACAUUGUUUUGUACUAUCUGGAUGUUAGUAAAAGGGCUGAAUUGGUAGUUCAGGCAACUAAUUUAUGCAUUGCCUCAUUUGUGUCAAUUUAUUGUGUGUACAGUAUAUUGUCUUUUUGAUGACCGACAUCCACUUUCUGCAUUUGAGUUGUGACAUACCAAAAACAGUUAAGCCAUUCGGCUCCAUUAAUAACACGAACCUUUAAAUAUCUUUGCUGUGUAUAUCAACCGUUUAUAACCACUGUUGAUCAUUUUAUGUUCAUCAUGUAAAGUUGAUGUUUUUUUACAGGCACACACAGAAGCCUUUUGUAGAUUUAACUGUAAAUAUAUUGGUCUACAAACUGAGCUGACGAUCAAGUAGUUUUUGUGAUCAGACCAUCUUAAAUAAAAUGACAUUGAAAAAAUAUCCA